GCCGCGCAACACGACAGUCUGCCCGUCGUCCGUCGUGCGGAGAGGAUGAUCAACGGCAUUGCGCCGCCAUAAACACAACCGCCACCGCUGCCGCCGCAGCAGUCAAUCGAUCGUCUGCCGCCGAUAAACAUGCAUGCGUUGUGAUCGUGCGUUGUGUCGGAGACAUGUCGGGCAUCGGGCCAGCGAGCUGCUGGAUCGCGCACAAGCGGCUGGAGUCGUGGGCGAAGGCGGCGAAGGAGCGCGCGCUUGGCGCUGCCCCCAAGACUCAUGUAAACAACGACCCCGCCGCCACCCCAGUUACAACCGCACAUGAACAGGAACCAGCACAAAAUAGUAAUUUCCUGCGAAGAAGUCCAGUGAAAUGCGCGACAACCGAAAUGUCGUCCUCGCCAUCAGCAACAUCCCUUCAACACCAGUCAAAGUCCUACCCAGGAGGACAUCCUUCUCUCUGCAGGACAGAGAGUAUCUCAUCGCAAACUUCAAUGGACAGUCAGACAAAUGUCCAUACAGGCCACCGCGGUUCCUCGCCGCAGAUCCACACGUACACGUCCGAAGGUCACGAGCUGCCCGCCCCCGGCGGCAACCAGUUGCGUCACAGCGCGCGCUCCCCGUCGCCGCUGCGUGCCAUCUCACUGGACAUCCGCUGCAGCCCCGACUCGCCCGUACACAGGCCGGCAUCCUCGACUACGUCCUCCCCGGUGAAUCCUGCGCUCUCGCCAAGUUGCAGCAGCCCGCCCAUACCCAUUCCGCUAUCGCCGCGCAAUUUAGGGCACAGUCAUGGGAGAUAUCUGUCGCCGCUGGCGAUCCCGUCGCGCAGCAACACGCCGGAGAGCGCCUCCAACCAUUCCUCGCCGAUGCCGCCGUCCAGUCCUCUGGGCGCUAUUCAGUUGGAUCUUUACACGCGAAAGGAAGGACCGCUUUUUAUUAGUCGUCUACCUGAAGAGGGACCUGAUAUUGGGAGAUUACACUUCCGGUUGAAUUAUGACUUUAAUCGGAGCGAUUUAAUUAUACAUAUCAUAGAAGCACAUAAUUUGCCAAGUAAAGAAAACGGCGGCUUCAACGACCCGUACGUGACGGCGGCGCUGAUACCGGAAGUAGAUAACCGGAAGCGGCAGACGAUUAUCCACCGCAACGUGGCAAACCCGUACUUUGACCAUAACUUUAAGUUCCCCAUGACGCACGAUGACCUUGCAAACAGCACGCUCAUCUUGCAAGUGCAUGAUGGUUGCGGGAAGUCGGGUGUUGUUGGCGAGGUGAAAAUGUGUAUGGAUGAUUUCGAUGUUACGUCGAAUAUGGAAGUAUGGGGUGAGAUAAAUCGUAUUGAAAGGACGCGUGAGGAUAAACAGGCGAUUUUGUUGAGCAUGAGUUAUUUACCAUCAGCGGAGAGAUUGACUAUUGUGCCAAUGAAGGCGAGGAAUUUACAGAAAAGGAAGGAUAUUGGCAUUGAUCCCUAUGCAAAAGUCUAUUUGAUUAUCAAUGGAAAGAAGGUGAAAAAGAAGAAAACUGCUGUGAAAAAAUGCUCCGAGCCCAUUUGGAACGAGGCGAUCACGUUCACGCUGCCCGCUUCAAGUUUACCCAAUGCUUCGAUUGAGAUAAUUGUAUUAGAUCAAAAGUCCGAUCUAAUUGGAAGCAGCCCACAGAUCGGAUCCUGCGUGAUCGGACCGAAGCAAAAUGGCCCCGAAAGGGACCAUUGGCGUCAGGUGACAAAGAGUCCGCGCACGACGAUCGCCUGCUGGCACGUGCUCACUUAGAGCGUACCUAGGUGCGCUAAUGCUAAUUACAUUUUUUUACUUCCUUAAUCCCCGCUGUGCACAAUGUACAGCCAAUCAUAAUUACCGUUGAUGGCCAAUUAAGUUGAUAUCAUGCUAUCGUGCAGCAUAUUAAAAUUUCAUAAAUUAAUAAAGUCAAAUCAAUAAAAUUGCAAAACUUUAAAACAUAUUAUGCAAUAACAUAAAUUGCAAGAAAUAAUCAAAAGAAUCUGCUAAGAAGUUUGUGUUUGUGUUUAACUGUACAUCAUGUUAACUGUUUCUGUCAUAGUCGGUAACAAAUCAUGUCAAAUGACUAAAAAUCAAAUUGCCGUGCAAAUUGUAUAAAAAUACAAAUUCCAUAGGCCUAUAGUGUUUUUAAAUGAUAUGCACUUAUGAUUUUGAUUACAAUUACAAAUUAAAACACACAAAUAAUCAAAAACUAAUAAUAACAUUAUAAUCGUAUACAAGAUAAUUGACAAUCCGUGUCGAUUGAUAAAAACACUUUUAUCAUUUGAAAUCCGUUGUCUUAUACUUUCAAAUGUAAAUGAACGCGGUUUGCCUGUAAAAAUACUUAGGUUUUGGGUCUUUGUUGUGUGUUUGUGUGUAUAAUGUGUAUAAUAUGGCAUAUAACUUUGAUAAAACCGAUUUACAAAAGUAUAUAUUGUACAUUAUGAUAUACAUUAUCAAUUGGAUUACUGUGAAUAACAUAUUUUGAUGGUUUGGUUAAAAAAGUACCUGCAAUUCAUUCAUUUCUAUUGUCUUUUUUGAAAUAUGUUAUUUAUAAAUGCAAAUCGUAUCUUAUUUACUUGAAAAUUUUCUAUAUACGUAUAUAAAGUUGAAUAUUUAAAUAUAAAAUGAGAAUAUGUAUACAUAUUGACGCUUAGUAAGUUUAAGAAACCUGUUUAGACAACAGAUCAAAAUCAUACGUUCUACAAAACUUGCGUUUAUAUAAAUAAUACAAACCAUUGGAUAUUUAAAUAAUAGGUAUUAAAGAUUUUAAAUUCUAUUGUAUUUAUAAAUAUAUCAAAUCUUAAUGAAUUAGAAAUGAUAAGAAAAAAUAUAUAAAUAAUGUUUUGACAAAUAUUGUCAGCUAAAAUUGAAGAUAAUGAAGAAAAGCAAAAUUGUAAAUGGUCGACGUUAUUGUCAAACGUAUGCAUGAUGUUCUAAGCCUAAACUUUGAUGUACUUUACUAUACACUUGCCUAUUGACGAUUAAUUAUAACGACUACGAUUUGUGACUGUGUGCAUUUACAAAAUCAACUUUGACCUGCUGCAGCGCCAAAAACAAAGUAUAACAUGAUGUGACUUAUAUAAAUUUCAGCUGAACAGCUAUAAUAUGAAUUAGUUUAUUACUUUAAUACUGUAAAGGUACUAAUCAUAGCUGUAAGUCCUUUACUAAUGUAUAUUUUGAUAAGACUAUUAUAUUAUUCUGAUGCACGUUUGUCUAAAGGUUGGUUAGUUGUUGGCAGAAAUGUGAAAAUGUAAAUUGGCGUCUAAAUUAAUGUACACACAACAAGAGAAUUUGAAUCAUAUCGCGUAAAUUGUUCAUUUCCAGGCGAAAAAUCCAAUCUAAAUCGAAACGAUUACUUAUGACCCCGACAAUUAGAUGAAAUUGGCAAUGUCUCAAAUAUAAAAACAAAGUCGUCAAAAAGAAAACUGAUACUGAUAUCUCAAAGACAAAUGAAACAUAUCUCGUUCAUGAAAACUUAAAUCUAACUAAAAGUAUUCGCGCAAAACGCGCUGGCGAUUAGGCGAGUCUCAGAAUCUAUAAAAUGAGCAUAUUAUUUUUUGAAAAACUAAUGAUGAAAAAUGAUGAAAAACAAUAAAGCUGGACAAUGGAUCAAAAACUAAAUAAAUGUCUAUGAUAUGUAUGAUGUAUACUGUGAACGUAUAAAAGAUCAAAUAAAAAAUAUAAAAUUAUCAUACUUUAAA